GGCGAGAGCUGUGCAUCCAUAAGACACAGUGGUCCAUCGCUUCAGUGCCCAGACUCCACUCGUAGACAACAACGCAGCCGGACCGCGGGACAACCAUGGCGCUGGUGACUGGGAGCUGGGUGCUGGACGGCCUGCUCGUGCUGCUGCCGCUGCUCUACUGGUACACGACGCGCCACUACUCUCUCUGGAGGAAGCUCGGGGUGCCCUACAUGAAGCCGACGCUGGUCGUCGGCAACAUGGGCGGCGUCGUGACGGGCCGCCAGCACAUGGGGGAGCCCAUAUACGAGUGCUACCUGCGGGCAGGGGACGAGCCCUUCAUGGGAAUGUUCGCCUUCGAUCAGCCGCUCCUGAUGGUCAAGGACCCCGAGCUCGUGGGCCGUGUCUUGGCCUCAGAUUUUUCCUCCUUCUACCGGCUGAAUUUUACCAUACCGGAAACUGACUACUCCGUGGGCGGGCGGUCAAUCUUCGCUGUCAACGGUCCAAGGUGGAAGAUGUUACGUAAUGUGUUGACGCCAGGUUUCACUUCCGGCAAGAUGAAGCGCAUGUUCCACCUGGUCGAAGAGUGUGGACAGGAACUGGUUGAGCACCUGACAGCCGCUACGAAAAAAGACAGCAACGUGGAUGUGCAGGACCUGAUGGUGUGCUACUCCAUUGACGUGGUUUGUUCGACGAUUCUGGGUGUGAAGGGCGGCGCUCUGCAGGACCCUGAAGCCCCCAUGCGGCAGAGCAUAAGCAAGAUCUUUCGGGACGACCUCGUGGGCCGUCUGGCCCAGUCUAUGAGCUUGCUGGCGCCCAAGCUGUUCGAGAAACUGAACGUCAACGUCUUCAAUAAGGAACUCGAGGAUUUCCUUUCCAAGACCACUCAAGAGACAAUGGACUACCGCAAGAAAAACGGCGUUGUGCGAGAGGACAGCAUCGACCUGCUGAUGCGCGUCCUUGACGAGUCGAAGCGCAUGGUGGACGAGACUGGUCAGGAAUUCAAAUUCGACCAGAAGGACGUUGUGGCGCAAGUGCUGACCUUCCUGUCGGCCGCCUUCGAGACCUCCGCCUCGACCAUGAUGUUCACACUGUACGAGUUGGCCCUGAACCAGGAACUGCAGCAGCGCAUCCGACAGCAAGUGAAGGAGGUGGCCGCCAAGCAUGGCGGCAUCACGUAUGAAGCGGUCGCGGAGAUGACCGACCUCAUAAACACCGUCAACGAGGCCCUCCGCAUGUACCCCGUGGUCAACUUCCUGGACCGGCGCUCGACGCGUGACUACCAGAUCCCCGGCACGUCCGUGGUGCUGCCCAAGGACACUGGGGUGGUGGUCUCGGUGCUGGGCCUGCACUACGACCCCAAGUUCUGGCAGCAGCCGCACCGCUUCAUGCCAGACAGGUUCAGCGAGGAGAACUCCAAGGGGCGGCCCAACUACACCUACAUGCCCUUUGGCGACGGGCCCAGGCAGUGCAUCGGGAUGAGGGCGGGUCAGAUGCAGGUGCGUCUCGGCCUGGCGCACAUCCUCAGCAACUUCGUCGUCGGCCCCACGGCGUACACGCCAGUCCCGCUGCCUCUGGACCCCAGGAACUUCAUCCGAAGACCAGAAGGGUCGCUGGUGCUCAGCUUCCAACCUCUGACGGCGCAGUGACACGUCGUGUGUAGCCAGUGUUCCACGUGCAGCACCUGCAAAAAUGGACCGCCACCGUUACAGCUCACACGUCGUGCAUUACUUUUUAUUUUUCAGCUCGCUCUAUGUAUGACUUUUUUAGAGCUGUGUACUGGGAAGAGUUGCAAAGAAGUGCGAGGAACGUCCAGAAAUGCGUCUCACGGGAGCCAGGAACUAAGUUACGUACUGUUAUGCAAGUCACAGGUGCUGCUUCAUUUGCAACUAUAUAAGUUAUUGUCAUGGCAAUGUUUCCAACACAGGACAUUAUUUGUGCCUGUUACACAUAUCUCAUGAAACAGGUAAAUGUCUGUAGGAACCAUGCCACAUUAGCAUAAUUUCAGUAUAUCUGUAUAAUCUUUAAAUAUACUUGAUUCUGCUGUGCAUGCGUAUGUGUAAGUCGUGUACUCAUUUGCUUCUUUCUUUAAUGUAUAAGAUGUCGUAAAUAGUGCGGGAAUCCCGCAGUAUUAGUAAUCGUUGCUAGAAUAGCUCUGUUACACUGCCACUGCUAUGUAAACAUUACAUUAUAGGGCGGAAAUUACACAAGACUGACAGUCUAAAAUUAUAAGUUGAACGUAACUCCCAUUUUUUUCCUGUAGACCGUUUCACUGCACUGUUUCGCUUUCCAAGGGCUCUCGAAUGCCGUUAAGAGUACGUAAGUCUGUUCUUAAACCAGAUAGUAAAAGUAUUAACGACACAACAAAAUACUCGUUUCUUUGUGCACCAUCACAUGCCGUAAACUUUGUGUUGGUAACUUGAUUUACUCGUGAAGUACUACUAGGUUUAUAUUCUGUAUGUAUGUGACUGCUUAAAAUUAAGUUUCUGUCUAUGUUUAUCUCUCUGCGAGACUCAUGUAAAUUUUGUAAAUUGUAAACUAUAUUUGAUCAGCCAACUACUAUAAACAGGUUGUCUUGAAGGAAUGAAAACCCUUUGCUGCGGGUCUACUCUCCAGAAUGUUGAUGAUGGUAGAGAGGUUUGGAGACAUUGCUCCGAUAUUUUUCAUAGGAGAAUCUUGUUACAAAAUGGGAACCUCGUACGUCACACCUACAUCGACUAAUUGCAUUUUUAUGAAUCACAUGGAGUACUGUAUACGUAGCUAUAUUCAGUCAUAGCACAACAAUUAAAAUAAGAAAAUAAUGUAAUUUUUAACACAUAAAUGAUAUAAUUUUUGUAAAUCUCUUUGAUGCGAGUAACGAAAAAACUGAAAACUGAAUUAAAGCAAUUUAU